AUGGUGGAUCUACCAGCGCCCAGCGUCGUCGCAGCGCUUCCAUUUUGCAGCACGGGAGUCGACUUCUUUGGUACGAUCUUAAUCAAGGAAAAGAAAGAACGAAAUCGAAGCUUCAUUAAUGCUUACGGAUGCGUUUUUCGAAUUUACUCCGAGAACGGUACGAACUACGUACGAGCUAACAACGUACUCCGAAAAAAUUACAUUUUGCACGCGACGUCGAAAUUUAAAGACGUUAUUCAAGACUACGCCGCGUCUAAACGCAUCGAGUGGCACUUCAAUCCACCCCUCUCUCCGCACUUUCGCUGGUUGUGCGUGGCUGCGGUUAAAAGUUUUAAACAUCACCUCAAUCGCAUCAUGAAAGAUCGAAAGUUCACGUACGAACAAUUGGAUACGCUUCUGAAACAAAUAGCGGAUAUAGCAAACUCUCGGCCAUUGUAUCACAUCUCCACGGAUCCGAACGAUGUGUUAGCGACAACACCCGCGCACCUCUUAAUUGUUGGCCCAUUCAAUUUCUUACCCGAGCCCAAUUUUGUUUUAGUCCCUGGAAAUUGUCUAAAAACCUAUCAAUUCAUCACGAAGGCGAGACAAGACUUCUAG